GCGGAAUCAGCUUGACGCCAUAUUCACUCAUGGCGAGAGGAAGGGCUGCUCUGCUGCUUUGUCAGAAGGAUGUUGAGGUGUCCGAGGAUAUUGCCUGCGCCCUGCUUGAAAAGGACCCGCAGAUUCCUGCUGCUGCUCUCCAAGGACCCGUGUGGGCCCGUCUCUUCGGGAUGCCUGGUUUUCCAGCGGGCCUGGCCAGGACAUGGCAGGACGUUUCAUUUGGUCUCUCCACCCCCGUUGGACAAUUCCCAGGCGGGUCAGAACGAAACGCCAGACUGCGCCGCGGGCUUAUCUAGGACGGCUUCCGAGGCCCCAGAGCGGCCUGUUCCCCCUGGUUUGUCUCCGCCCGCAAGGAAGGAUAAGAAUUCUCUUUCUCGGGGCCGGAGCGGGGCUGUCUGGCGUAACUGCCUGUCCAGGUGGAACUCAAAAACGGCGUCGUCUUGUCGCCUGACCGAAGGCUGUCCUGCAGAGUCGAGAGGGAGGGCUGACCUGUCUGUUUUUCCGGACUCCAGUUGUGAAGCUUGGACAGGCUGGACAAGGAGACAGAGACGUGCUUCGUCGCAGGACCCCGAAGACCCCUGCAAAGCUGCCCUCCCAGAAUGCCUGUCCAGAAGGAGAGAGCGGUUCCUUAAGGCACCCUGGGAGGCCUUGGUGAAUCGCUCCGAAAACAGCUGCUAUCCCAAUCAAUGGUCCGGUUCUGGGAAAAAUAGCGGUUCUGUUUCUCUCGGGGGUUCCUGGCUGCCUGGAAACGCUGUGUGUGCGGGCGGUGCCGUGGCCAGCCGGUCUUGCAUCCUGUCUGGUCAGCCGCGCCUCUCUGGCCUGGCCUGUCCCCGUGACCUCCAUCACCAGGCCUCCUCCUCCUCCUCCUCCUCUCCGCCGGCCCUGAGGGAGUGCCUGUCCGCGCAGAACGAGUCCCGCUGCCGCCGGGCCCUGAGCCCCAACGGCCCCCUGUACGAGCCCGGGGCCGAGGGGCCGCGAGGCCGGGCGGCGGUGCUGGUGUCGCUCUGCUCGGUGCGGGGGGAGCCGGCCUUCCUCUUCACCCUGAGGUCCAGCAGGCUGCCGGGCCGCCACAAGGGGGACGUCAGUUUCGCGGGAGGCAAGCAGGACCCGGCGGAUCGCGACGUGGUGGAGACGGCGCUCCGCGAGGCCAGGGAAGAGCUGGGGGUGACCGUGGCCCCGGGCUGCGUGUGGGGGGUCCUGAAGCCGCUCCGCGACAGGUCAGGAAUGAUGAUUGCUCCGGUUGUUGCCCAUCUGGGUCCAGUGGAGGCGUUCUCGUUUAACCCAAAUCCGGCUGAGGUGGAGGAGAUCUUCACCCUCACCCUCUCGCACCUGUGCGACCCGGCCAACCGCGGCUACACGCACUUCCGCGCCGGCGCGCGCUACGCCUACACCCUGCCGGUCUUCAAGAACGGCAGGCACCGCGUCUGGGGGCUGACGGCGGUGGCGCUGGACGAGGCCCUGAAGCUCGUCGUGCCCCGAGGCUGAGCCCCGGGGGCCUGCCGCCCUGGUUACGGGGAGCCCCGGAGCGGCGGGGGUUCAGGUGACUGUUGAAUCGGCUGUUUCUCUAGGCCUGCAGCAGCUGUAGGGAUGGGCUAGGACCCCUUCGGCCAUCGGACUAGCCCUCUGGCGGUUGAACAAAUUACCCGCAAAUGCUGCCAAACUUUAGAAAUGGCUGAUUUGUAGGAGUAACUGGACCGGCCCUCUCCAGAACCAGGGUCUGGGACCACCUGGUAGUAACUGGACCUGGACCACCUGGAGUCUGAGCCCGCCUGGCAGUAACUGGACCGGGCCUCUCCAGAACCCGGGGUCUGAGCCCGCCUGGCAGUAACUGGACCGGGCCGCUCCAGAACCCAGGGUCUGAGCCUGUCUGUAGUUCUGGCCUCUCCAGAACCCGGGGUCUGAGCCCGCCUGGCAGUAACUGAACCGGGCCUCUCCAGAACCAGGGUCUGGGACCACCUGGUAGUAACUGGACCUGGACCACCUGGAGUCUGAGCCCGCCUGGCAGUAACUGGACCGGGCCUCUCCAGAACCCGGGGUCUGAGCCCGCCUGGCAGUAACUGGACUGGGCCUCUCCAGAACCCCCGGUCUGAGCCUGUCUGUAGUAACUGGACCGGGCAUUUCAGGACCGGGGUUGGGUACCAGUGUUAUAUGGGAUUCACAAAACAAGCUAAAAGCUAGCCCAGUGAAUCAAAGUAGCAGAUUAUGCCAAUAUUUGGCACAAGAAUUUGACUUAAAAGUGACUUAAAAGCAAUCAAAUCACUUAUAUAGUAAUGAAUACUUCUGUGCUCUAGAAGCAAUCUUGUAUUAUGUAGAUAGACAUUGUGCUGGCUCUUUUUGGCACAAUAAAUAUUUAAUAUUAACUAUUGGGACACUUUUCAGCACAAUCCCAAUUGUCUUUACGCCCGUGGUAAAGGAUUUUUAAACCCUCGAAAAAAUACACUGUAAUUAAAUAAAAGCCUACAAAAUGUUUUAAAAUAAGAAUGUUGUUAUGAACGCUUAGACCUUGGCGAUGGAGACAAGUGUUAAUAAAAAUGCAUUUUUGGUCAGUCUAAA